CCCACAUAGAAGCCCCCGCAAAGUAGAGCAGGGAGCGCAUGCGCAAACCGCGAUCUUCAGGUGCAGGCUGGCUCGAGUCGGGGCAGAGGCCUGAUAUAGGCAGGGCUGGGAGAAAAAGAGGGGCACGCACGCGUGCGCAUAAGAAAAGUGGAAAGGAAGGGAAGAGCAUCCAGUGAGCGUGCGCAUAAGGCGGAGGACGCGUAGGGCCCCGGGAGGAAGAGGAGUGAGCCCCCCUCACGGCCUUCCCUGGCACUGACGUGGCUGCCGUCGGGAGCCGCCAUCUUGUGGGAGCGAAACCAACGCCUGGAGAGCCGAUAAAAAGAAGGAGCGGCAGCCGCUCGCGGGUGAGGAGACGGGAAGCCCGAGGCUCAGGAGCGGGAAGGUUUCUUUUGCCAACGUUCAAAACAUCAAACUCGGAACAUGGGGAAUAUUUUUGCUAACCUCUUCAAGGGGCUUUUUGGCAAAAAAGAAAUGCGGAUUCUAAUGGUUGGUCUGGAUGCCGCAGGAAAGACAACUAUUUUGUACAAACUGAAGCUGGGUGAAAUAGUAACUACUAUUCCCACUAUAGGUUUCAACGUAGAAACUGUAGAAUACAAAAACAUUAGCUUCACGGUCUGGGAUGUAGGUGGCCAGGAUAAGAUCCGACCCCUAUGGCGCCAUUACUUCCAGAACACACAAGGACUGAUUUUUGUGGUUGACAGUAAUGACAGAGAACGAGUGAAUGAGGCCCGAGAAGAACUGAUGAGAAUGCUGGCAGAGGAUGAGCUUAGAGAUGCCGUCUUAUUAGUGUUUGCUAACAAACAGGAUCUUCCCAAUGCCAUGAAUGCAGCUGAAAUCACAGAUAAACUUGGACUGCAUUCUCUUCGUCACAGAAACUGGUACAUCCAAGCGACCUGUGCCACUAGUGGGGAUGGGCUCUAUGAAGGACUGGACUGGUUGUCCAAUCAGCUCCGAAACCAGAAAUGAAACAACAAAAAGUUCCUCCUCCCUCUUUCCUUCUCUCCCUCUUAUUUCCUCCUAUUCGCCCUUCGCUUUACUCUCAUGUGGCAAACUGUGCUACUUUGUGGUAUUGAGUGCCGGAAGCUGUUUUUUCCUACCCCUUGUCACAGUAUGUAUUGCACCAUGCUGUAAAUGUGGCAAAUACAGGCCUGAAAACAGGUUUCUUAUUUAAUGUAAAUAGUUUUUGUUUCCAAUGGGGCAGUUUCUGGCACUCCUAUGCAAUAUUACUCAGCUUUUUUUAUUGUAAAAAAAUCAACUCACCGUUUAGUACUGGGAAGGGAUUUUAAGCACAUUGACACUUAGGUUGCUGGGGGUUAACGUGCAGCAGCAGAGCCGAAUGCUACUCCUACUGGCUUGUGAGAUCUGUGUUGAGAUCCAUUUUGGUGGUUGGUUUUUAACCUGAACUCAGUGUAUUUUUUUAAAUAGUAAAAAAAUAAAAAAAGACAAGUCAAACACUUGAACACACAGAACAGAGAAAUAUGCUUAGUGUAGGUUUUGCAGUAACAACUUGAAUACCAGACCAUUGUAAUUGUCUGCGGUUUCUCUUUUGAAACUUGAGAAAUGAUAAAAAUCAAACAAGUGAUCAAUUUUGCAUGGUUAAAAUAGAGAUCCAUGUAAUGCUAUGUCUUUGGAUCUUUAUGUAUUUCAUAGAGUUUGUGCUUGUAUUUGUGCUCACAUGGAUACUUAGGAAAAAAAGCUUUGAGGUUGUGGUUCAGAGCAGGCUGCACAUUGAGAGCAUUAGAUCUUCAAUCAUAAACAGUUUAUAACUAGACCUCCUUCCCCCUUCCCCCCCCCCCCUCCCUGCAGUUCAGGUCAGGCUGUGAUUAGUUCUCCAUCACACUUGAGUUACUCUUAGGAAGGACACAAUGAUGGCUGGUUAUAAACAUUGAGAAGAGCCUUUGACACAUUCGGACAACAAAAAAACCAGCAUUUUAAUUUUUGUCAAGUGUGUGGUGCUUCUGUUUGAAACCUCUCCACAGUAAGCACAGCCUACGUUAGCCCCCAAAACUUGGUUGGAGAUAAUUGAAAAACACAGUCAAGAAUACCAGGCAUUUCUCUGUGGUGUCUAGGUUUUGAAAGAAAGUAAAUUGAGCAUGAGAGCUUGGGGAGUCAUUCCAUUCUAGAAGUAUUCGGUCCCAUUUUGGAACAAUCCCCCUAUCUGUAUAUGUGUGAAAUGUCCUUUACUACCCCUCAUUACUACAAGGGUCAGAUUUGCCAUCUGAAAAAAAAGAUCUUUACUUUUUUUUUUCUUUUGUAUUUUGAUAAACACUGAAGAAGCUGGAGCUGUUAAACUUUAUCUCGGGAAAAACUCAGAACUGGUUUGUUUGGUGUUGUGGAAACUCUUACUGCUUUCAAUACACAAUUAGUAAUCGACUGUUUUGUAUACUUGUUUUCAGUUUUCAUUUGACAAACAAGCACUGUAAUUAAAGCUAUUAGAAUAAAAUCUCUGAACUAUUU